AUGGGGUCAUUGGGCAACCGCGGUUUCCGUAUCGGCAUUGUAGGUGCAGGCAUUGGCGGCUUGGCUGCGGCUAUUGCGUUAAAGCGGUCUGGUGCCGAAGUCACAGUACUAGAGGCGGCAGAGGCACUUGGGGAGAUUGGUGCAGGUAUUCAGAUGACACCUAAUGUCUCUGUACUUCUUCAAAGAUGGGGAGUCGAUAAGGAGAUUGGCGAGAAUCUCGUCCAAUUUGAAGAGCUGAACAUGCGCCGAAAAGAUGGAACACGUGUAGGCUAUACCAAGAUCGCAACUCUCGAAGAGUCUCUAGGUAGACCGUGGUGGGUUGUUCACCGGGCGCAUUUACACGAGGGGUUAGCUACAGUCGCAAGGCGGCUUGGGGCACAGAUUCUAAUUGACUCGGCGGUCACCCGUCUUGAGUAUCAAGAAUCGCAAGAGGUCACCGUUGAGACACGCAAAGGUGCCAAGCACGCGUUUGACUUCUUGAUAGGUGCCGAUGGCAUCAACAGUGUUACUAGGAAGACUUUAUUCCCUGACGUCGCACCGGAACCUCCAACUACAAACUGCGCAUAUCGCGCUCUGGUUCCCUAUGAACAGAUUCGAAAGGACCCUGUUGCAAAAGAACUCAUUGAAAAGCUCACUAUGGAAGUCUGGAUGGCUGAGAAUGCGUAUAUCAUCACUUAUCCAAUUAGCGCUGGCAAGCUUUUCAAUCUUGUCCUCUCACACCACCGCCCGCAGAAGUUACGAGCCACUGAACAAGACGUUCCAAUCGAGGAGCUACACAACGAAUACAAAGACUUUGAUCCCCGCAUCAAGAGAAUUGUUGACAUGAUCGACAAUACGUCUCGAUGGCCUCUUAUGGUGACUGGGCCAAUGAAGUCAUGGUCGUCUCCGCGUAAGAAUGUGGUUCUCAUGGGAGAUGCUGCUCAUUCCAUGGUCAAUCACAUGGCGCAAGGAGCCGCCACCUCUAUGGAAGACGGUGCUUUCCUUGGUAAAUGCAUUGCGCCCGUCGUUCAAGGAAGGAUGCGACUUGACGAGGCCGUGAGGAUAUAUGAAGAAGAGCGUAUGCCGAAGGCAUAUGCGAAACAACAAGUCUCUUUUCUAAAUGGUGCCAUCUGGCAUUUACCUGAUGGUCCGGAGCAAGCCGCCCGUGAUCAGGCAAUGGCUUCUGAGCUGGAAGGCAAGUAUUAUGUUCGCAGCAGCAAUUUGUACGGCGAUCCGCAGACCGUACUAGAUGUCUAUGGUUAUGAUGCCGAAGGCCAUGCAGAAACGGUGUUGGCCAAAUACUUCAAUGGAGGACGAGAGCCCUUCCAUCCCGAAACGGGAAUCACGAAGACGUUUCAAGAUAAGUACGUUGACUGGUUUAUGUCGAAACAGGGACAGGCGAAGCUAUGA